ACCGUUAAACAUGACUUCCACAUAACAGGAAAGUGAGCACUUCAUAUACGUUAGAUUGAAAUAAAAAUUUGGUUCCAAAGCAGAGGAUUGUUCACACUCCAUACUUUAAAAUGGCUCAAAAAGUAGGAAUUUUAUGGGAACAAACAAAACGAUAACAUAGAAGGAAAAACUGACUAUGUGAUAUGAAUGAAUAGCCAAAUGUGGUUUUGCGUGAGAAACAGUAUACACACGCCACAUACGUUACAUGGAACAGUGUGAGUACCAAAACUGUCAGUUUCAUUAUUGACCUGACUCUUCAGAACCAAAAUGUUCGUUCAGGAAUGAUAUGAGUUGAAGAAUAUUCUUACGUAUUCUCUUCUAUGAACAAUACCCGGUGUAACCAUACAGAAGGAAAUAUAUGUUUCCGACACUGUGACCUGAUAAAUUUACUAGAAUUUUACUCCAAUCGCUUUUACAUUUUUCGGUGAUCAAAUGUUUUAUUAUUAUACACAUACAUUUUAACGAGCUUACAUGUUAUUAAGUAAAGUGUGGCAGUUCAGUAUGACAACUGUCAUCAAAAAUUGUUGACUAGAACAAAAAGAACAUUUUUAUUGAGAGACCAAAGAAUUUGAAAGAAUUAGUAUGGAUUCAGAGUUCGGGAACAAUAUUCGGCUGGUAGUUUCAUUUGAAAUUGGAAUAAAUAUAUAAAAGUACGGACAGCAGUAAAGCAAACUGUUCUUAGUCUAGAAAUGCACGAAACUAGUAAUGUGGGAAACAGACGUGUAAGGGAGUUUCUCCGAUUUCGCACAGAGGCACGCCAAAAUUUAUUUUACAUGUGUAUUUGAUUCACUCGUCCAAAUAUCACACUCUUGGAGCAUCCGGUAAUUUGUGGUCAUGGCACGUUAAUAAAAGAGCCGAUUGGUUUCGAUCAAUCGACUGAGGUAGAAUGGAAUAAGUUGACAAUGAUCAAGUUCUAAUUCGUCCAUGAGGUAUGGUAAAUUUUAAUUAAUUUGUAUAGCUCCGGUGUCCUGAUGACAAGCUGAAGAUCGCACAGUUGAAUUUGUAUUAGGCAGUGUAUUUUUAACGGAGAUAUUCAGAUCGUCCAUUUUCAAAUAACCGAAACAUGCUCUAUGAUGGUAUUUAAAACGAAUUGUGAAUGCGCAUUUCUAAGUUGAAUAUAUAUGGCUAUCAGGUCAAUCUAAAUCAGGGAGGAACUCGCCGAAGAGUUGUAGAGCUCCAUAGUAUACACCCGUCUGUUCAUAACUACAGGUGCUAAGGUUACUAACUUAUGGCAUUUCAUGAGGUGACUAGCAGACAUAUAAAGGUUUCCGCAUCCUCCAAAGCUUCUCCGUCAACUGUAAUUCGAUUGGUGUAUGCUGUGUUGUAUCGAAGAGUCACUCUUUUCCCUUUAUGUAUGUUGAGACCUACUGCUGUUAAGGCUGCUACUACACUGAUCGUCUUCUCCUGUACUUGCUGCUGCGCGUAGGCUACAGGCGAAGUUAAAUGAAAUGUACAGUAUAAAUAUAUUUCAAUACUUUUAAAUAUCUCAACUGACAACGGAGUCUCAUUACAAGUCGUAAGUCAGUAAUGACUGAUUAGUAUUGGUAAGUAGUUGUAGCGUCGGUUCAUACGUUAAGCCCAUAUACUUUAUUCUAGCUUCUGGACAAGCCAAUUUACCUAUCCAUCAUGAGUCGCGUUUCGACCUUGUUAAUUAUUCACUUAUAAGCCCUGACUGUUUUUAUAUGAGCGUAUGUGUGUGUACACUUUUUAUCCUAUGCAUCACAUGUCUGUAGCUUAUUCUUGUUUGACUAUAAGUAUUGAUUAACGCUUGAUAAUAGCGAGUUGGCUUACUCGCCAUCUCCAAUGCGUGUCAUUUCCGUUUCACUCUCUUCCAUUCCUUCCACCACUCUGAUUUCCUGUCAAGAUCAAUGAGUGUUCAAAUUAUAUGUAUUCGAAGUCCAUUCUCGUAUUUGACUUAUUUAACUCUGUAAUUCAUCAACGACGAUUAAGUCAUGUAUUACAUACGAGGAUAGACAGGAUGUAUAUUUUGACAACAACCAUUCAUAUGAUCUGAAUGGAGUCAGACAUAGACCCACAAAAAUGGUGAACCGCAUUUAGAAAACUUACCAUUUGCCUAAUAAAUAGUAAAGAGGAAGAAAAAAUAAAAUGAGACAGAAAUCAAGGUGAAGAGAUUGAGCAGAAUUAUUACUGAAUGCUGACUAGUUUGCUACAACCACGAUUGAUACCAAUUCUAAGACCUUUAUUCUUUCUUUGAAACAGGAGAAUUUACUUUUCAGUAUGCAAUUAAAUCUUGUGUGACAACCACCACAAUCGCUUACAUUGAUUUCUUGGUAUGUUUAAGAAAUAAGAUUAAAGUAAGUAUGUUAAUUAGAGAGUGAUGUUGACAACAUAUUAUUACAAUCUUCUAAGAUAACUACUAAAUUCCUUUCUAAUUUGACACAGUGCCAAUUAGGAUCCUUCGUAUUUAGAAAACACACGUAGUUUGAUAAUGUCACACGCUGAAAUAUCUCUAAAAAUGGAUUAAACGUGUGAUACUAUACAAUUUGUAUUGUGUUUGCGGCACUGUGACCUGAUAAAACUCUAACCAUUCUCAUUACUUUCAUUUAUAUCUGAUGUAGUUAUUACUAUUGGAUAUACUAUUGUUUUUAUGUUGAAUUUGUAUAUAAGCAGCUUAUAUCGGUAGACUUAAUCAAGAUUCUUCCUGCAACUAGUGAAGUAUGCAACUUUCAGAAUUAUCCAGAAGACAGAAAAUCUUAUUAAUUCUUCUUGUAAUUAGUUUAGCUUUUGCAGCGAUUGUUGGAAUUGCACUGCUGGUACAUUUCUCAAAAAGAAAUUCUCAUGAACAAGGCUCUUCACUACUCACACGUGGACCUUCAUCACGAGUUGAAAACCAAACAGAAACAGGAAAACUGUGCAUCAAUGAAAGUUGUCCAAGUAAUAAUAGUGACAACAGUAUCAACAUAAUUUGUGAUAAUUUUGAGAAAUACUCUUGUGACAAGCUCUCUCAAAAUAGUCUGUAUAAUCGAUCAUUUAACGCGGAUGAUAUCAUCAUGAAAAUGUUACAAAGUACAGAAUAUGAAGAUGUACCGAGUGUUAAAGCAGCUCAAGCUUUCUACAAAACUUGCACGAUCGCUUCCUCGAUGGGAAAACCGUUGAUAAAGAAGAAAAUCGGUGAACUGAUCAAAUUACUUUUCAACGGAUGGCUGAUGUCGUCAAAUGACACGGAGCAGUUGGAUGUCGAACAGAAUGUUCUUAGUAGUGAAAAGUUCAGUCUGACCGCUUUACUCUUACCAUCGUUAUUUCAAAGUAGAGGAACAGCUUUAUUUUCGUUAAAACUAUUUGGGGUUACUAUUGAAAUUCAUUCAGGAUCGCUUGACGCAUUUGACAAGGAGAAGUUAUACAUGUCAAGUCAAGAGGACAGCGAAGUGAAAGAACUAAUAUUCAAAUAUUUAGAAAAUGUAGGAGCACUAAAAUCUAAUGAAAAUAUGAUGGACGGUGUUUUCGAAUUGUAUUCGGAAUUAAAAAACAUACAGAAGACAACCGUGGUUAGUGAACCAAAGAGGGUCAGUCAUGAAUAUCUGACAACAACCUGUUCAAUUAUCGAUUGGGAUGUUUUAUUUAGAAAUGUAUUCGGAAAUGAAUCAUAUGACAAAUUGGAAUUUGCUAUCCAAUCAGAUGAAGCUUGGCAGAGGACUUGCAAUAUUCUCAGUUCAAAAAUAAACACAGAAGACGGAAGAAAAAACAUACAUAAUAUGGUAGUGAUAGAUUUCUUGUACAAAAUGCGGAACUACUUACAGCAAUAUUUUGAAGACUUUUAUCCUACAAAUAAUGAUAAAAAAUCACCAACAUGCUUCGAGGAAACGAAGGAGAAUUUCUGGUGGACAAUAAACAAAGAACACAAAUAUUCUAGUAUAAGUAAGACUACAAAAGAUGAAGUGAAUCAAAUGUUCAACGAAAUGAAGCACAAAUUGACUGAAUUAUUGUCACAAAGGUCAUGGAGCAGUGAAGAUGACAAGCAAAAAGCUAUUUCAACGGUUUCUCAAAUCAGUGUAUUAAUGGUCGAUUCAGUAUUUCUCGAUCAGGUGAAUAAAGAAAAAGAAAUAAUACUCGAAAAUGAACUUUCUGAGAAUAACUACUUUAUAAAUGCCUACUACUCUCAGAAAGCUCGAACUAAAACAUCUUCAUCAGAAGACUCAAUGUUACUGGACUUGCUUCAGUUGCUGUUGUCUUAUCCCAUCUUCACCUUUGAUCGUCGUAGUGUUGUUAUAUAUUCUUGGAUAUUACAUCCACCGUUUUGGAGUGAAUCACAUUCAAUGUCGGAAAAAUACGGAAUUUUCGGUUGGAUUUUUGGUCGUCAGAUUAUAUCUGCAGUUUUAAAUGAUCAGGAGUUACAUAGUCAAACGGAAUAUUCACUGAAGUGUAAACAAAAUGCUUCUACACCGUUUGAAAGUCAGUUGUGUUGCUUAUCAGAACAAAUCAACCCUGAGAUACCUCAGAAUAAAGCAUACAAGGGAACAUUGACUGAAAAUAUUGAUAGCCUAAAUAAAAAGAAGAUGUUUUUUUCAGCAUUUGCAAAAAUAGUGUGCAGCGGCUUAUCAUCAUAUACUAUUGAUUCCGGUUCAAGGAAGCAUAUAAAAGCCUACGAAUUCAUUGUGAACGAUGUUUUGAAACACAGUCAAGGAUUUUCAGAAGUGUACCAAUGUGAAAUUGGCUCGAUAAUGAAUCCUGUUCGCAAAUGUAUUCUUUAGAAGAAAACAUUGAUGGUGUGUGUGCAGAAAUAUUCGUUUGUCUAUUUAAUCGAUUCCGUAACUAAAACUUUUGUAAUGUCUCACUCCGAUUCUUCAAAUAAUAAACAUUUUUUUGCUGUAAGUAAA